GCUGUUGAUCAGUUUAAGAUCUGCUCGGAGUAACUCAGUGCUACACGCUGUGGCUCAGUGGUCUCUCAAAAGAAACCUGUACCAAUUCUGUCACAGUGACAGUCAUAGACAAACCUAUGUCUAUGGUGACAGUAAUCAAUGUAAAGGUGGUAAAGCUUCUAACAUAACACCAUAACACUCAUAACAGUCUAUUGAAUUUGUAAUAUUUGUAUUGUCGAAUGUCAAAGUGUCUCAUUAUCAUUAGAAAUUAAGAAAUACAGAAGAGGAAAUGAAAUACUGAAUAGGAAAACAAAAUUGUUAACAAAUAUUUUAUAGUAUAUAACACAACAACUGGUAUAACAUUUUUCAGCAUCUGGUAGUACUAUCAAAUCAUGUCUGACUCAGAAGAUGAUUAUAUGUCUUUCAAAGUUAUGGUUGAUAGUAAGGAUGAUAUACGCCCAAGUUUACUAUUCAACAGAGAAAAACGUAAGAUGGAUAUGUAUAAAAAACAGCAGGACACUACAUAUAAACGAGCAAAAACAACUAGAGAACUUGAAAAAGAGACCAGAGAAAGAGGUUUAAGUACAGCAAUUCCAAAUGAGAACAAAGGUUUCAGACUAUUGGAAAAAAUGGGUUUCAAGCCUGGAGAAAGCCUGGGAAAAUCCAGGAGUGGUAUAAAGGAACCAAUUGAUAUUGUCUUGAGGCAAGGCACCUCAGGGAUUGGUAGAGAAUCUCAUUUAAAAGAAGUUAAAACUAGAAACCAACAACAGAAAAUCAAGAUUCUGAAACAGAAUGAAAACCAAUAUAUUUUAGCAAAUAAAGAGAGGAAGAGCUUAUCCCAAAUGAGGAGAGAUUUCUUCAAGGCCCAAAAAAUAUGUGAGGAAUUGGAUUUUAGAACUAAAGUUGUUGAUCCUGUUGAGGAUUUCUUCUGGACCAAAGACACAAUUAAAAAACGAAGAAAAAUGGAACGCCAGGAUGUUACAGAUACUGACAGUAGUGAUGAAGAUGAAGAAUUUGAAAUGAAUAUCAAUGAAGAAAACCUCUGUGCAAUAAUUGACUAUCUCAGAAAUAACCAUUUAUAUUGCCUUUACUGUGUUAUUACUGGUAUAGAUAUAGAGGAUUUGAAAGAAAAUUGUCCUGGGCCAUAUAGAAUGGAUCAUGAAGAUGAGAUAGAAUGAAGUUUAUAUUACAGAUGAUUUAUUUAUUUUAUAUUAACCUUUCAAUUUUGUAUUAGUGAUACUCUAAAGACUUGAAUUGUGAAUAUUUCUUGAAUUGAAUAUUGUUACAGCAAUAAAAAGUGAAUAUACUGUUACAAUCUAUAUUUUUCAUUUCAUACCUGCCAUGGAAAUAACAUUUGUUCAAUAAAAUUUCACUUUAAUUAUUACUCCCAUAAAGAAAAAGAAAAAUGUUGGAUGUUUAUAAUUCAAUUUAGCAUGGAUAGUUGGCACACCUUACACCAAGUUCAGUGUACAGGGGUACUCUGUUCUUGCAGUAAAAUAUAAAUAAAAUGAAACACAUAAAAUAUGGAAAAAUAUUUAUCAAAAUGAAUGUUAAAUUAACAAAAUGAAGUGAAUAGGUUGGUAUGUUAUUCUUCAUAUAUUUACUAAUAAUAAUUACUGAGAACCAGUAGACAGAAGAGCUAAUAAUCCAGCAGUUGUACCAAUAGAAAAUGUGUAAUUCACUGCUGGAGUGAAGGAUUGUAACAAAUAAAAACUGGCAAGUAUCACAAUUGCCAAGAACAAUGCAUUAUUGUAGAAAAUUGAGAACGUUGUAGCUUCAAAAUCAGCAACUUCAUUCUUCUUCCACAAAAUUCUCUCGUCUUUUUCUUUUUUGCUCAUUUUCUUAUCAUCAGCAAGCUUCUUGGAUAAGUCUCUGGUAACAGCUUCCUCUCUUUUGACAGCAAUCUUGUGUUUCAGUGUGAAUUUAGUGUUUUUGUAAGCCAUAGCUAAUAAAUAGGUAGAUACAGCAGUCACAACAGCGAACAAGAUCAAGGAAGAGUAAAUAUCAAUCAUAUGUAUCCUCCAGAAUAACCAUAUUGGUACUACCGAAACAAUUAGGGCAUUACCAUAGAAUAAUGCAGACGACUUGGUAGACACAUUUCGGCUGAAAUCUUGCAGCAGCAACUCUUCUUCCUUGGUAAAACCUUUAUUUUGUGAUUUGGACAUGUUUUCAGUAAUAACUUUUCACUACCUAUAGAGUUGCUACACAAAUCUGACACGACAACCAAUUUCAACUGUGAACAACUCAACAACUGUGACAAAUGUGCAAAUUGCUAAUGAAAAAAGUGUGACGUGUGACGGUAACGGUAGACGUUGCCAGAGAUUGGAUCUUCGUUUGGUAAAACGUCAGUAAUGUCACUGACACGUAGCACUUUUAACACACGUGGAAGCAGGA